AUGGGACUGCUUGAGUUUAUUAAGGAUUAUUUUCUUGGUUUCUGGGACUAUGAGACCCCGAAGAUAAUGGUUGUUAAAAACAAAAAACUUGGAGUCAUAUAUAGGGGGGUUCAGUUUCUUGUGAUCACCUAUUUCAUCUGGUAAGCAUUGGCCUCCUGUUUAUGCAUGCAUAAAAAUAUACAAUUUUAAAUAGUAUUGUCUUAGUGUGUAACUAUCCUGUUUUUUUUGUGAUUGAGUAUUUAUGUUGCAGUAUCUAUGACCUGCCUUGGAUAUUGCAGAUACUGUACCUAACAAGGCAAUGUUAAGUUUGGUAUUGGAAAGCAUUGGUUGGCUUUUAAGCUCAGAUUAAAUGUGCUGUCAGUGUACCCAUAUUAUUGCUUUCAAUAGCUAUACUACCCAUAACACUGUGAUGUGAAGUGAGUCAUUUGCUGAGAAUAGCCACUUUGUGGUGAGGAAAUGCCUUUCAAUCGCAAUUACAUCUCCAAACAAAUAUACAGCAUAAUUGAUGGUAAGACAUAACGGUUGCUGUGGUCAAGAGGGACAGCUGUAGUCUCACUGGCCAUUGCUGACCAUCUUUGUGUAAUGGGAUCCAAAUAGGCCAAUUUUCAUAGAUUUCAUUUUCCUGAUGGUCCUUUAGAGGGAUAUUUGUGUCUGUCUACUCAUAAACAUUAUAUUUCAGCUUUGGAUUUUCAAACAUUUAAAAUAAAAUGUUUGAUUUUUAAGUAUCCCUCAAAGUUAUCAGUAUAUCAUAAAACCCAAAAGAUCUGAAUUGAUAUCUUCAUUGUCUGAAUAAGCACAAGCAUAGGCAUGCAUUAAAGUACAAUUAAAAUCACUUGAAAAUACUGAAUUUGUCCACAGAACAGAAGUUAAUCUGUGUCUGUCAUAUUACCCUACUACAGGUAUGUCUUUAUCAGUCAGAAAGCCUAUCAGGACAGUGAGACGAGGCCAGAGAGCUCCGUCUACACUAAGAUGAAAGGCACAGCACUGCAGGGGGACCACGUUCUGGACAUGGUGGAAUAUGUCCGACCCUCAGAGGUGAGCCAACUUGAGAGCAUACAUUUUGCUCAGUCGCAUGGUCACUGAUUAAGAAAACGGACUGAUUUACAAAUAAUAGUGAGUCGUUAUUUAGGAUACAAGAUGAUUUGUAGAUCAGUCAGUCUGCAGUCACCGACUGCAAUGUAGUCGAUCCUGAACAUGCACUUUAGCUCUAUUCAUAAAGCAAGGAUCAUAGGUAAAAUAGAUAUCCUAUAGAUGAUGCAAUAUGUUAUCAAUCAAUCAGUAAUCAGUAAUCAAUCAAUCAGCCAGCCAAUAUAAUGUAUGAAGUCCUUUUUGCAUCAGCAGUGGUCACAAAGGGAUUUAGUGUAACUUGGCAUAGACCCCACAGAGCAAACAGAAGCACAGUGGCCAGGAACAUACUCCCCAGAAGGAAGAAACGUAGUAGCACAAUAAGGUCUAAAGGUUUCAUUCAUCAAUAUUUGUGUAGGAGAAUGACUAUGAUUGUUUUGUUUUUAUCUCCUACACAAAACCCCCGCUGUACAUAAUAAUAAUAUGCCAUUUAGCAGACACUUUUAUCCAAAGCGACUUACAGUCAUGCGUGCAUACAUUUUUUUUGUGUAUGGGUGGUCCCGGGGAUCGAACCCACUACCCUGGCGUUACAAGCGCCGUGCUCUACCAGCUGAGCUAUGCAUAAUUUGAAGCAACUCAGUAGUUUAUAGGUGGCAUAGUAGGUGUAUUAUUUUCACAAAGCUGUUAUAGUUCAUAACACCAGGCCUACAUAUAGUUCAAUCGAGUAAAGGCUUAACUCCAUGACAACAGAGACAGAAUACAAUAUGGCAUUUUUAUUGAAUAGUUUGGGGUAGGCCUUGUCUCCCCAACCCCCUGCAAGUGUGAGACACAAGGUUUGAGCUGACAUAUAAAUAUUCCGCUAGAUUCAUGCCCAUAUGUUGAAGGAAAGUGAUUAUUGCACGAGUAAGCCCAUAGGUUAAUCAGCAAGCGUGGUGUGCCAUGCUCAUAGGCUGAAGUUAAUAGAUGAAUGACAUUCCGCACACUUGCUUAUAGUAAAGGAAAAUGAAGGACGUGAUGCCAUGCUGAUGAGGUACCAUUAUGACUAGGGCUGUUGUGGUGACCGUAUUACCACCACACCGGCGGUCAGGUGUCAUGAAGGCAGUCAAAUUCCACGUGACCGUUUAGUCACGGUAAUUAGGCUUCUCCAAGCUCUGAUGCUGCUGAUGGUCAUUAGUAGCCUACCAAACUUGCUAACUGCCUGGUACUCAGCACUCUAUUGUCCCUCUAAUCACUCUGACAUCAAUGCAAAUGUGUUCGAAAAUCUAAUCAAACACUUAAUUCGAGCCCAUGAGCUCAUGUUGCGCAACAUUUCUAUAGGCUAUGCAAUUGCGCGAGAAAACAGAGUGAUGGGCUCUACUAAAAAGAGGAUGAUCCCAUCAGCUUUCUAUAGGCUAGGCCUACUAUAUUUAUUUCUCAACUUUCCUAAAAUUAAGCACAUUGUUUAUCUUUACAACAGGAAUAUAGCCUACCUGGCUGGCAUGAAAAUCAACCACUGGAAAAGCGUCCUCCGUUCGCUAUUUAAGUGCAUAAAUUACAUGUAUUUUUUCCCGCUGCCCUGUUUCGAGACAGGUGCAUGAUAAUGGUCCAUUCUAAAUCAAAACAAAUUUCACACAUAUAUUAUUUAGUACAUGUAAAGAAAAAAUUAAAUCAAGAAUAAUCUGAAUAUUAGCCUAUCACUUGUGAAUUUAUAUAUUAUCACUUGUGAAUGAUGCCCAGCAUAAGAAACUGCCUUUUUUCCCCUUCACUUUUUAGAAUCAUAGUCGCACACCUCAUGUCCCGUGUGGCUCAGUUGGUAGAGCAUGGCGUUUGCAACGCCAGGGUUGUGGGUUCGAUUCCCACGGGGGGCCAGUAUGAAAAAAUUAUAAAAAAAUGUAUGCACUCACUAACUGUAAGGCGUUCUGGAUAAGAGCGUCUGCUAAAAUAUGUAGCUACAGUCGUAUGAAAAAGUUUGGGCACCCCUGAUGAUUUCCAUUUAUAAAUAAUUGUGUGUUUGGAUCAGCAAUUUCAUUUUGAUCUAUCAAAUAACUGAUGGACACAGUAAUAUUUCUGUAGUGAAAUUAGGUUUAUUGGAUUAACAGAAAAUGUGCAAUAUCCAUCAAAACGAAAUUAGACAGGUGCAUAAAUUUGGGCACCCCAACAGAAAAAUCACAUCAAUAUUUAGUAGAGCCUCCUUUUGCUAAAAUAACAGCCUCUAGACGCUUCCUAUAGCCUCUAAUGAGUGUCUGGAUGAAGGUAUUUUGGACCAUUCCUCCUUACAAAACAUCUCCACUUCAGUUAGGUUUGAUGGUUGCCGAGCAUGGACAGCCCGCUUCAAAUCAUCCCACAGAUUCUCAAUGACAUUCAGGUCUGGGGACUGGGAUGGCCAUUCCAGAACAUUGUACUUGUUCCUCUGCAUAAAUGCCCGGGUAGAUUUUGAGCAGUGUUUUGGGUCGUUGUCUUGUUGAAAUAUCCAGCCCCGGUGUAACUUCAACUUUGUGACUGAUUCUUCAACAUUAUUCCCAAGAAUCUGCUGAUAUUGAGUGGAAUCCAUGCGACCCUCAACUUUAACAAGAUUCCCAGUACCGGCACUGGCCACACAGCCCCACAGCAUGAUGGAACCCCCACCAAAUUUUACUGUGGGUAGCAAGUGUUUUUCUUGGAAUGCUGUGUUCUUUUGCCGCCAUGCAUAACGCCCCUUGUUAUGACCAAAUAACUCAAUCUUUGUUUCAUCAGUCCACAGCACCUUAUUCCAAAAUGAAGCUGGCUUGUCCAAAUGUGCGUUUGCAUACCUCAAGCGACUCUGUUUGUGGCGUGUGUGCAGAAAAGGCUUCUUCCGCAUCACUCUCCCGUACAGCUUCUCCUUGUGCAAAGUGCGCUGAAUUGUUGAACGAUGCACAGUGACACCAUCUGCAGCAAGAUGAUGUUGUAGGUCUUUGGAGGUGGUCUGUGGGCUGUUUUUGACCGUUCUCACCAUCCUUUGCCUUUGCAUCUCCGAUAUUUUACUUGGCCUGCCACUUCUGGCCUUAACAAGAACUGUGCCUGUGGUCUUCCAUUUCCUCACUAUGUUCCUCACAGUGGACACUGACAGCUUACAUCUCUGCGAUAGCUUUUUGUAGCCUUCCCCUAAACCAUAAUGUUGAACAAUCUUUGUUUUCAGGUCAUUUGAGAAUUGUUUUGAGGCCCCCAUGUCGCCACUCUUCAGAGGAGAGUCAAAGAGAACAACAACUUGCAAUUGGCCACCUUAAAUACCUUUUCUCAUGAUUGGAUGCACUUGUCUAUGAAGUUCAAGGCUUAAUGAGCUCACCAAACCAAUUGUGUGUUCCAAUUAAUCAGUGCUAAGUAGUUACAGGUAUUCAAAUCAACAGAAUGACAAGGGUGCCCAAAUUUUUGCAUAGCCUAUUUUUCACAUCUGAUUUAAUUUCAUACAAAUUAAUAUUGCUACACUAAAAAUCUUUGUCUGGACAAUACCCCAGUACUCAGCUUUUAUUAAAAAAUUAAUGGCAUGCCACUGUGAUCAUUUUCUGUGACGACAGAGUAAAUUAUUAUGCAGCCUCAGAGGGGUGCCCAAACUUGUUCAUACGACUGUAUACUGUAUGUUUUCUACAUGUAGCCUAUGUGAUUAGUUACCAUCAUAUACUGUACUUUAUUUUCUGUGGCAUUUCACCUGUAGGGCGGCGAUGUGAUCAGCACAAUACUGAGACGAGUGGUCACACACAACCAGAGGCAAGGCACGUGUGCUGAGGUGAUGACGUCCCAACCAUUCCACACACUCAUAUGUUCUCCUGAAACCAAAAACAACUAAAUACAAAUACUACAGUCAUUUUAGAUUGAUCAACACUAGGGCUUUAUAUUAAGUUAUGUGCCUUGCUCAAUACUCUACUAUUACAACUAGCACUGUCUCCUGGAAAAGCUCUGUAAGAUAAUGUGAUAAAGAUGUAUCAGUAUCACUACCACUCCACCGCAGGACAGCCGGGAAAAGCUGAUAAUGUCUAAACGAUGAUACUUUCCUCGUUUCUUAGCAUUUCACCGUUCCCAGUGCCAACUGCUCAAAGGACUCUGACUGCGUCGCAGGAGAAGUGAACUUUGAUGGCAAUGGUACGGACUGAAAAAGAGGGAACUAAGUGAAAAGUCCCACUAAGCCAGUUCUAUGAAUCUGUCUGUCAGUAGAUGGUUUAUCCAGCUAAUGCACUCAGUCUGAUGUGUUUCCUGUAGGACAGAGAACUGGGCGCUGUGUUCCCUAUUACAACCAGACCUUCAAGACCUGUGAGAUUCAGACCUGGUGUCCUAUUGAGGACUAUGCCGCAAUAUGGUGAGGGUCAAUAUCAAUAAGACAUUUUAGAUAGGAUGCAGUCACAAGGGCGGCAGGUAGCUUAGUGGGUAAGAGCGUUGUGCCAGUAACCGAAAGGUCGCUGGUUCUAAUCCCAGAGCCGACUAGGUGAAAAAUCUGUCGAUGUGCCCUUGAGCAAGGCACUUAACCCUAAUUGCUCCUGUAAGUCGCUCUGGAUAAGAGUGUCUGCUAAAUGACUAAAAAUAAUAAACAAAUAAACAAAACGACUGUCUCCCUAGUCUGGAAUAAGUCACUUGUAAAAUAAUGAUGGCAUAAGCGUGUAAUCUGUUGUUGUCUCCUUCAGGGAGCCGGCAUUGGCAGAGGCCAUCAAUUUCACUGUUUACAUCAAGAAUGCCAUCCAUUUCCCCAAAUUUAAAGUGCUGAGGUAUAGUAUGAACCCCCUCAACAACACACACAACUGUAAAGGGAACUGUAUCCCUGUUAAUAUGCAGCCUCAACUGUUUCUACAAGCAAUUCUCUCUUAUCUCUUUCGCAGAGGAAACAUCAAACCAAACAAACGAAAUGGACAGAAAUAUCUGAAUAAGUGUCAUUACAAUGAGGAGAAACACCCCUACUGCCCCAUCUUCCGGCUGGGCUACAUCGCAGAGCAGGCCAGGGAGAAGUUCAGCGAGCUCUGCAGGACUGUACGUUUACACCCUCAAUCUACAUCCAGACAGUCACACUGUAUAUCCCAUUUUACAAAUCAUAUACACUACCGGUCAAAAGUUUUAGAACACCUACUCAUUCAAGGGUUUUUCAUUAUUUUUACUAUUUUCUACAUUGUAGAAUAAUAGUGAAGACAUCAAAACUAUGAAAUAACACACCUGUUAAUUGAAAUGCAUUCCGGGUGACUACCUCAUGAAGCUGGUUGAGAGAAUGCCAAGAGUGUGUAAAGCUGUCAUCAAGGCAAAGGGUGGCUAUUUGAAGAAUCUCUAAUAUAAAAUACAUUUUGAUUUGUUUAACACCUUUUUGGUUACUACAUGAUUCCAUAUGUUAUUUCAUAGUUUUGAUGUCUUCACUAUUAUUCUACAACCUAGAAAAUAGUAAAAAAUAAAGAAAAACCCUUGAAUGAGUAAGGUGUUCUAAAACUUUUGACCGGUAGUGUAUAUAGAGAACCUUAUUAUUCGGGGCUCACAUGAACUACAGAACACAAUCUUCCAUCUAGGUCUAAUGUCUCUAACAAUAUGUGUGUCUAAUAUUUCAAAAUCAGACAGUGAUUACUGAUAAUGGAAAUAAGUAGUUAAAUAGAUCAUGGAAAUCAAGCUAAUAGAAACAAUCCACAUUAAGGAGGAAUGAGAAGAUGUGUUGGACAGAGCGGCAGUAAUGGUUUAGUUAGAUAGCUCAUUAAUUCUAUCCUGUCAGGGGGGAGUGAUUGGAGUGUUCAUCAACUGGAAGUGUGACCUUGAUCUGGACCCCUCAGAGUGUACCCCCACUUACUCCUUCCGCCGCCUGGACCUUCGUAAGAACCUGCCCAGCUCUGGUUACAACUUCAGGUGAGCCUCUUCGUAGCAUCUGGUGAAUGCCUGGGUCGUAUUCAUUAGUGCACACUAUAGCAAAAUGUUUUGCAACAGAAACUGGAAACGUGUUUCUUAUUGGACAAGUUCAGGUGGUUCCGCUCUGUUUUAGUCCGUUUUCUUCUGUUUGGUGCAUAGUGCAUACGAUCAUGUCUUUACUAUUGCCAUCUCACUGACAUGACCUACUGUAACAUUUAAGACCAUCUCUGCUGUAACUUGGUUAUGAAGAGGCAUACAGGUCUUGAUUUAUAAAAUUGUCUAGGUUUGCCAAGUAUUACAGUAAGGAUGGAGAAGAGUUCCGGACACUUAUCAAGGCCUUUGGCAUUCGUCUGGACGUCAUAGUUCAUGGACAUGUAAGAAGUUACUCCUUCAACAUCCUUCAUCAGUACUCAAUUAACCAAUAACCAGUUGAUCAGAACGAUUACUCAGUGACAUAAAGCUCACUGUAAUCUCAUAUUCUGCAAUAAUACCUCUCCAGGCUGGACGAUUCAGCAUCAUCCCAACUAUCAUCAACACAGUGACAGCCAUGACAUCAGUUGGAAUAGUGAGUUUGAUUCUCAGCACUCUUGUGGUAUGAGUUGAUGUAGUCUGUAGGUACCAGUUUCCCUUAAAUGGUUGUGUCAGCUCCUAGUUAUUCAUUGACAUAUUACUUUGAUUCAUUACAGUGUUCCAUUAUCUGUGACUGGAUCAUGCUCACUUUCAUUGACAAGAACGAUAUCUACAGUGACAGAAAGUUUGAUGACGUAAGAAAAUAACAAUUUGAUUCCAUACAUUCAUGAUCAUAUUUUAUUUUGUUAACCAUUUUCUGCUAUAGCACUUAUCAUUGCACACCCAGUUAGGUAAUUUAGCUCCCAAAGAAUAUAGUAGUGUGUAAAAGUAUGUGUAUUGGGAAACCCUGUUCUAAAGUAAUGUUAUGUUAUUCUGACUGUAUGUUUCUUUAGGACAGUAAAGUGCCCAGCCCCAGCAAGCCCCUCACGGUUCCCACAGAACUCACCAUCAUCAGCUAUGGCUCCAACCACUCAGACCUGUCAGAGGGAGUGGCCCUGUGACAUCCUGCCGCUACAGUGCUCGUUGGCCACAUGCAUGGAUGAUGCUAUUCCGCAGAUACCUGACUGCUGAACAGACGGACAGACGGACGGACGGACGGCCUUUCCCCCAAGCGGUCUCAGACGUCCACAGAGAGGCCUCUUUGAUGGGGUCAACCUCUGUCCCUGCGGAAUUUAACUGAAAGACAGCCAAGACGUCCUUCUUAGUGUGCCACCCCGGUUAUUUCACCAAAAGCAAUGUUCUAUGAUGGGUUAGUGUCAAUUUCAUGUAGAUUCCUUUUGAUUCAGGAAUUGAAUUACAUUCCAAUAAAGAAAGUCCAUGUCUACUUCAAUUGACAGGGACUGAAAUUAUACUGAUAAACUGAAUCUCAAAUAAUUGCAAAAUGUUUGAAUUUAAUCAAACCUAAGAAAAAUAAACCAAAUCAUUUAUACCAAUCAGCUAAACAUGUAGGAGUAAGUUUUACUGAGAACCCUCUUUCCACAGUCUAACCCGAGCCAGGUCAAUGACUGUAUACUGUAAGCUAUACAUGCAAAUAUAACAAUAAAUGUCUAACCAAC